AUGAAGUUCCGACAGAGGAUGAGCUGGCUGUUCAUAGUCUUAUUCCUAGGUCUGAGCUGUCUACUAUGGUACUUCAUCUUUGAGCUCAGUGACCAGUACAAUGCCCUGGCCCUAGACCACGUCCAGACCUACUCCGACACCCUCCGCCUCAACCCCCAUCAACUCACAUGGUACAUGUCCAUCACCAGGCGACUGGUUGCGCUUCCAUUCUGGUUCUGGGCGCUUGUCUUCGGGAUCCCCUACCUGCAGGUCUUCUGUAUCUUGAUAGCAUGCACGAGGAGUGACCCACUUAGCGCCACCAUCAUGGUGGUACCCGUCUUCCUAUGCAUGAAGCUAACUAAUCUCGGUAGCAAAUCGGAGAGAACAGAGUAUUUGUCGGAUGAGGAUAUACCCCACUUGCAAACAACAUGA